UGGGGGAGCGACUUCCUAAAAACAGGAGCCUCUGCUUUCUGUUUUGACUUGUUUGUGUCGGACGCUGACUUCUCCGUCCCGCGCGGACACGCACCGCACCGCACCGCACCGCGCCCCCCCGGCAGGAGACCUCCCGGAUGGAAACGGACAGUCUGCUGAGCGGGACCGUGAACGGGGUGAACGGGGACUAUGGCUCGAGACGGGGUGCGGGGCUCGGAGGGGCCGCGGGGCGCCGGCGGAUGUCGUACUCAGCGGCCGCGGAGACGUGCAGAGUGGAGGGGGACACAGAUGAUGAGGAGCUCUACAUCCAACAGGCUGUUGUCUUCAUUGAAGACGCCAUUCAGUACCGCUCCAUUAACCACCGGGUCGAUGCCGGCUCACUGCGCCUGUAUCGAUGGUACUACUCCAGGAUAUGUCAGUGGGGUUUGGGCCUGAACAUUGCACUGGUGCUGUUGCUGGCGUUCGUGGAGCGCCCGUCCUCGCUGUCGGUCUCAUCGGACCCCCGGUAUCGCUCUGACCCCUGGCAGCCGCCCUGCGGCCUCACCGAGGGCAUCGAGCUGCUCUGCCUCCUCAUCUUCGCUCUGGAUUUUGCCGUCAAGAGCUAUCUGAUUGGCUGGGAGGAGCUGAGGAAGAGCAAGUGGCUGAUUGGCUACACGGUGGUCAUUUCGGUCUCCUUCAUCGACUGGGUGCUGUCUGUCAGCAUGGUGUGUGACGAGAAACUGAGGGUACGGCGACUCCUGCGGCCGUUCUUCCUCCUGCAGAACUCGUCCCUCAUGAAAAAGACGCUGAAGUGCAUCAAGAGGACUCUGCCUGAGAUCGCCAGCGUCAUCCUGCUGCUCGCUCUCCACCUCUGUCUGUUCACCAUGAUCGGCAUGCUGCUGUUUGCUAAGACGGAGGACCCCAAAAAGAACGGGGAGUGGGAGCUUCAUUUCAGAAGCCUGACGAACUCCUUCACCUCCCUGCUGGUGCUGCUCACCACGGCCAACAAUCCAGACGUAAUGAUCCCCGCCUACUCCGUCAACAGAGCGUACUCCAUUUUCUUCAUUGCCUUCAGCGUUAUUGGCACAUAUUGUCUGAUGAAUUUACUGACAGCCAUCAUCUAUAACCAGUUCAAGGGGUUUUUACUGAUGUCCGUCCAAACCUCCAUCAUCAGGAGACGACUCGGGAUCAGAGCCGCUUUCCAGGUCCUCAGCUGUCAAGGAGCGCAAAGAGCUGCUGAGGAGCGUGUGCACAUCGACGCUGUGCUGGAGGUGAUGUCCAGAGUCAAGAUCAGGAGUUACUACAGAUCAGCCAUCACUAUGGCGGCCCGGCAGUUCGCUGACGUGGGCUCCAUGGAUCGAGAGCAGUUCAGGACCAUUUUUGAUGAACUCGAUAAAGAUCGUAUUAAAGAGCACCCGCCCUUGCCUCAGUACUCGUCUCCCGUCCUGCAGAGACUCCAAGUGAUCUUCGCUCACUACUACCUGUCAGUACUGGGAAACGCUGUGGCCUUGGCCAAUGUUAUGUGCAUUUGUACCGUCCUGGUAUUGAACUCUGAGAAGUCCACAGAGGAAAGAGAUAACUACAGUUUGGAGAUUAUGAACUUGUGCUUCAUCCUCUACUACCUGUUUGAAAUGUGUGUGAAGAUCUUUGCGUUGGGCUGGAAAGGCUACCUGUCGUACAGGAACAACAUCUUUGACGGGAUCCUCACUGUCCUGUUGUUGAUCCUACAGAUCACUAUACUGAUCACGUACAGGCUCCCCUUUCCUCACUGGGACGACCCCUCUUCUCGCAGUGCCGUAUCUCUGUGGGAGAUGAUUCGUUUGGUUAACUUGCUGAUCGUCUUCCGCUUCCUGCGCAUCAUCCCGGAUAUUAAGCUCAUGGCUUUGGUUGCCAGCACACUGUUGGACCUGGUGAAGAACCUCAGAGCGUUUGCAGGGAUUCUGGUGGUGGUGUACUACGUGUUUGCAGUUUUCGGGAUCUGGCUGUUUGAAGGAGCCAUUAAGCCUCCACCAGAUAUAAGUGUGAUCUCGAAUAGCUCCAUGGAGAACAUCACCUCUAACUUCAGUGUGGAGUGCGGGACCUACGAACAGCUCAACUACUGGCCCAACAACUUUGAUGACUUUGCUGCAGCCAUCAUUCUGCUGUACGACGUGAUGAUCGUUAACAACUGGCAGGCUUUCAUGGACGCCUACAGCAGAUACACCACAGAGUGGUCCAAGAUCUACUUUGUCAGUUGGUGGCUGGUCUCCUCCGUCAUGUGGGUCAAUUUAUUCGUGGCGCUCAUCUUGGAGAACUUCAUCUACAAGUGGGAUCGCAGCUGCAGCUGCUCCGUCACAGACGUAGAGAAGAUCAGAUAUGAGACCUCGGUUCAGCUCAUGUUCAGAGAGCAGAUCCAGGAGCCCACAGAGGAGGAGUUGGUGUGUCAGCUGCACCAGCACCCCCACUUACACCUGCAGUGGUGACACACACACACACACACACACACACACACACACACACACACACACACACACACACACACACACACACACACACACACACACACCCCACACCAGCAAAAGGUCAGAACGUCAGAGGUCAAAACACUGAGGACUCGGUAUUCCCAUGUAAACUGUAACCACCUCUACUCAAACAGUCGGACACACUUUUUAAUUUUGGUUUGUCUUGUUGUUUGGGGUGAAACCACUGCCAGCUGCAGACGGGUUUAUUAAAACCACACUGAUACAUGAUUCACCGUACAAGAUACAGUCCUCCAGGUGUUUUUAUAUCUGUCUAAUAAAGCAGUCGCUGCUACGGGUUUUUUAUUAAGACCUAUAAAAGAGUUGAGAGUUGUUGCCACUAUUGUUUAGUGAAUAUUUCAUUUUGUCUUUGACAAGAUUUUUUUUGUUUGUUUUUUUUUCAUGACUUGCAGCCAACAAAACACAACGCUGUGCGAAAAUUCUGGUAUAAAGUUUAGUGACACGGUCACUGUGUGAGAAGAUAAGCUGUGCCUUCUUUAUGGAGGUGUAUUGCAGUCAUGCAGGAAAAGACUAAAACCACAGUUUUCAUCAUUAUUGAAGAUGGAGAGGGUUUGUCUUUUUGUAAUCAAGUGAAAUGCAGAGAAAUGUUUGUCUUCUCUUCCAGUUUGACUGUUAAAGCUGGGAUUUUAGAUGUUAAGAUUGGAAAAUGUCAGUUACAAUUCAGAGGGAAAUAAGUUUACAAUAAAUAGAAAAUGUAUUAAUUAAAAAAAAAACAGACCAUAAGUUUGUAAGUUUUUUGUGAAUCGAUCUCAGUAAUUCA